AGGCAGACAUGGAGAGAGCAGACUUAUUACAGAGACUGACUGACUCUUGGAAAAUAUAAUUACACAAAAUAGUAGGACGGAAGAAAACAGACCCUCAUUUUGUCAAUUUUUUUUUUUUUUUACACACGUGGUAAACUGAGUCACUUCUGCAGUCACACAGAUCAGCGAGCAUGGAGGAUUUCAGGCGAGGCAGAUGUGACAGUCUGGAUGCAGGGUCAAGGUGUGACAAGGAGGCGAUGAGCCCGAGUGACUAUAUCUCCCUCUACCACGAGGGCUGUGACCCUGCAGUCAUCCUCGAGCCUACACCAGCAGAGCUGGCUCAGUGUGAGGCUGAAGUGGGCACGCUGCUCAACAUCAUUGCUGAACUGAACAAGAAGAUGGGGUCACUAAAAGCUCCAAGUGAACCAGAUGACACGAGACCGCCGGCUCCAUCCAGGCCUCUGGUUCCAGAUCUUCUGUCUCACCGGCUCGUUAGAAGCAGCCCAGAAAGAAACAGCCCAACAGCUAAACCUCCACUGAAUGAGCAAGGUUGGCGUUACCAUAGCAUCACUCGUUCAUCAGCAGAGCUUAUCAGUUUGGAUGCCAUGCACUUUCAUCCAAUCCAGAAGCUUCCACCGAUUAAUAUUUUAUGUUUAUGUCCUUUAUUGCAUAUUUUAUGUUUGUUUGAGCAUCAUAUACUGCAUAUAUCCCUGCACCUUUGCUUUCUAUCCACUAGGAGGCAGUGGUGUUGUCUGGAGCAAACUGCAGGAGGUUUUAUCAUCAGUGGAGGACUCCAUCAGCUUCAGAAGGACCUGGGCGGCCCCCAUCACAGCUUCUGACCAGGAAAAGCACAGAGAGCAUCUGAGAGCAGCUCAAGAGAACUGGGUUAAAGCCAGCCAGAUAUUGGAAGAGAUGGAAAGAGAGUUUGGGAUUUCGUGCCGGUCGAGCUUCCCAAGAGACCAGUACCAGGAAGACAUGCUGGAUGGGGACAAACAGGAGUCUGCUCUCAGAAGCCCCCCACAGAGCAGCAUCAGCCAGGUGGAAGAGGAGAAGAACAAGCUGGUUGGUCUCCAUAAAGCCUGGAGGUCUGGCGGCCACAUUCCUUCCUACCGGCCCACUGCUGGGGCCCUAAGUCCAGACUGGGCCUCGCCCCCCUAUCCCGGUUCACCUUUACUCCACAGGAGAGCCAACAGAGCUGUGACGCCUCUGACUGUGGGUGGGGAUGGAUCUCCACUGGGAUCAGUUAACUCAGGCAGUCUCUGUCCCAGCCCCCUUAGCCUGGAGUCUGAGACAGAGCGGCUCAACAGAUGCAUCGAGAGGCUGAAGGCCAGAAACGAACGUCUCACUGCAGCUCUGGAGCGAAGGAAAGGAGAGUCGGAGCAGAUCAAUCUCACGCUGAACAGGCUUGAGUCCGACUGCUCGGCCCUGCAGAUGGCUCUCAGAUACUGUGAGGAGUGUGAAGAGGCCUACGGCGAGCUGCUGUCGCUUUAUGACGCCAGGAAGCAGCAAAGCAGUCCUCAGCAGAGUGUCUCAGCAGAGCCGGUCGGUGACAUUCGGGACCCAGACAGUCCAUUAGCUCAGCUGAGGAAAAUGGGCACUGAAGAGCUGUCCACCUCCUUCUCGACAGCAGGGGUCACAGAGGAGACGGAAACAGCGAGUCACACCGGGCACAGGACGCCCGAGCCCGAGGAUCGGGAGGCGGCUCUCCGGCAGCAAAUUGUGCGCCUGAAGAGGGACCGGGCAGCCAUUUGCCUCCCUAAGCCAGGUCCAGGAGCAGAGGCCAAACUGAGCCCACCUGGACAAAGAGGGGGUCACAUGACUAAAGACAAGCCUGAUAACAAGAAGGAGAAGGCUUCCCUGUUUUAUGAACUGAUCUCAGUCAGGGAGGAGAUGUCAGAUCUGCGAGCUUUAAUCCGCCUCAAGGAGAAAGAGCUGAGGUGUCUGGAGUGGAGUUUAAUGGACCAGAAGGCUCAGGGAGCAGCUGGGGUCUUCAUCCCAGAAAGUCUCCAAGAGGAGGUGGAGGAUCGUAGGACUGAACAACAGAGGCUCUGUGAGAACGCAGCGAAGCUCGGUUGUGAAGGGGACAUCGCUGGUUAUAGGACAAGACCCAUCCUGAAAGAGCUGCAGGCGGUCCUGCAGAGGGAGCAAGCCUUGAAGAAGCGGCUGGCUUUGGUCCAUGAGUCACUGAACGCAGCCGUCUCAGACAGUUCCUCCCACAGGAGGGACAAUGCGGAGCAGAUAGCUCGCCUCACACAAGCUCACAGCAAAGCCUUGAGUUCAUACCGUCAGAUACGGAGGAAGUAUCGGGAGCAGGUGUGGCGGCUGGAGCAGAAAUUGGCGGCCUCGAUGGAGAGUCGACACGGCCAGGGCGGAGCUGCAAAAGCUGCAGAGGAAGCCUUGGAGUGGAGGAGGGAAGAGACUGUUUUAUAAGACAUCAAGUCUUCGCUGAAAGCCAUCUCGACAUCCGUAUCUUAAUCACAUCAGCUACAUGUGUAAAUAUGACGAGUAUAGCUUUCUGCUUUUAUCUAGUUUAUAUUACAUGCUUAUAUUUUUAGCCUUUUUCUGGGCCUGUAAAGAAUAUCUAUUUAUCUAGCAAUCAUUAAUGACAUCCAGCACUUUCUUUGGCUCUUGGGGGGUAAAAAAUAAAACAUAACACUGUGAUUUCUACCUGAACGGUUGUGUAAGAUUUAUCAAUAAACUGAAUUGGACUCUAAA